CCCUUCUUCCCCUCGGGGCCGGAGGAGGGACAGAGAGGGCGGCUGAGGCGAGGGAAGAAGGCCUGGGCUGGGAGGGAGGCAGGGAGGCCCGAGGAGCAGCAGGGAAAGGCAGCCAUGGCGACUGUGGCGCUGGUGGUGAUGGGAGUCAGCGGCUCAGGGAAAAAUGGCGCGGUUCCAAACAAAUCCAAGCAUUUGUGUACUGUGGAUGUGGAGAAAUUUCCAGUGCACUCUGGUGUACUGAGAGUCUUAAGAUUGCUGCUUUACUAUCCACCGUGGGCUCACAUCUGGCAGACAAGUUAGGAUGGAAGUUCUAUGAUGGUGAUGACUAUCAUCCAGAUGAGAACAAAAAGAAAAUGGCAGAAGGAAUACCUUUGAAUGACCAGGACAGGAUCCCAUGGCUUUGCCAUCUUCAUGAUAUAUUAAGAAGAGAACAUACAUGUGGACAAAAUGCAAUUUUAGCCUGCUCAGCACUGAAAAAAAUGUACAGACGUAUUCUGGAAAAUGGAGAGCCCAGCUGUCAGAAUGAAAGUGGUCAGCAAGAGAACCAAGGCCCCCCUGCACCAUUGAAGAUCCUUUUUGUUCAUUUAGAUGGACCAAUAGACUUAAUUGCAAGCCGCCUAAGAAAAAGAAAGGGACACUUUAUGCCGCUUACUCUCCUACAGUCACAGUUUGACACUCUUGAGCCUCCAUCCACACCAGAGAGCUUUAUCACUAUUAGUUUGGAAAAGUCCAUUUCAGAAAUAGUAGCUGAAAUUGAAGCCUACAUUAAAAAAACAUAUUAAUAUUUCUUUCAAGUUCAUUUCUGAAUUACAGUAUAUAAUAUAAAAC